AUGACAUCAACAACUUUGCGUGCGGUCACGCAUCGAUUGACCACCACGCCUGUCCAGCAAUUGCCUCAAAUUGCUUCGUUUCUUGCGACAUCAUUGAGCGACUGCGGGGAGCUUCUGUCUGCGCCUCUGAAUCAGAAGUCGGGCAAAUCUGAGUCGGAUAAUGCAGUCCAAGUCCAUAAGCUCAAGACUCGUCUCUCGAGCCUGCUGCAGGACAGGACUUUUGAGGGACGAUGGACCGCCGUGGUUCUCGUGAAGGCAACUGUCGAAGCUGGUCAAUGGGAGGUUCUGCGUGGUUGCGAACCUUUGGUUCGUAACUUGAUUAGCAUUCUGGCUAAACCUGAUCCUGCUUCCACGAAGAAAAUGUGUAUUAUCACCUUAACUCGCAUUUUCCACCUCACCUACCAGUAUCCGACACUUGUGAGAGAGAUAACGACCCCAUCUAUGCCAGGAUUUAUCACCUCUGCCUUGAACUUGGUCUCGGUCAAACCAUCUUCUGAGCCAACAAGGAAACUGAAGCCGAAUACGCCGUUCUUGGGAACCGUGCUCCAUGCGUUCGUGGAGCUGAUCGCUAGGCAUCCUACGAUCUUCCGCCCAUUCUCUGCGCAAUUGCACAGUUUGCUCCAGGCUAUCAUUGCCUCGAAGAAAUCCGCAUCCAUUCCUGAGCCCGUGGUGGAUCUGGCCGAGCAGGUAUUUAUCGCUCUUCACAAUUGCGCCCCGAAGAAUACUUCUGGAGAAGAAUGGAGGAACGCAAGCCGCUUGGUACUUUCUUCUAUUCAUAGAACGUCGGACUACGUCUUCAGAGCGGUCGUAGAGCAGUGGGAAUCCGUCGAUGUAAACCUACGACAUGCUACGACACCGCAGAACUACAGCCAGGAAGUGGGUGAUGAUGGGCCAGACCCCUUGGGCCUUGCUGGCUGGCAUGGAAUUCACUCUGGUGUGGAUAGAUUGAUCACACUUUUGCGACUGCUGUCUGGCUUCCUGUCCAACCCAACAGCUUCUACCGUCACCAUUCCCGUCGGUCACAUUCUAGAUUUGACUUCACGACUAACCUCGGUCAUCGCACCCUCUGACGGGGGAAAUGCUCAGAACAACUUACAGAUUGGCCGGGAGGAGAGAGAUAGCUUAUGGGCCGAAUUACCUCGUAUCCACACGGCUUGCAUGGAACUCCUUUUGGAUUUGAUCAACGCCCUCGAAACAAGCAUGAUUCCAGUUGCGCAGACGAUCUUGGAGCAAACACUUUGGGUCUUCCGCGCGGAGAAAUUCAGCAAGGACAUCCGCAGUUCCACAUAUGAUGUGAUACGCGCUUUGUUCUCAUUGAUUGGACCAUCCAUGACGAAACAAAAUGUAUCCUCAUUGACAGACGUGUUCCGCUCUUGUUGCAGUGAUAUCUUGCCACCAGCUGGAGAUCAAGCUCCCGCAGAAGCAUCAUCCGAUUCCAAGGGAAAGUCAAAGGGGAACCAGGCCACCGUAAAUGCGGACUCGUUCUUGAACACUGGAUCCAAACAAAAUCGUCAAAUAAAGCAAUCUGCCUCUUUCCCCGGCCUCAAGCGGGCUGCAUCUGAGCUCUUGCCUGCUACGCUCACUCUUUUACCCAUCGAAUAUCUCUCGCCAUCAGUUCGCGCAGAAAUUGACCGGACAAUCAUCCUGACCGCUGACAAGAAUGCAAUGUUUGCCAGCGUUCUUAACCCUGUUCCGGCGAUGAAGGGCCGUGGAGUUGGUUCUAGCAUCAUGCCAUUCUUGGCCCGAAGCUAUGCAAGCGAGAUGGAAGUGGAGGGUCUCAUCAGACCUAGAAUGCCGGUAUUGAUGAAUGUCCCCAACAUGAAUGGAUACGUCAAUAUGGAAGAGGAAGAGGAAGAGGAAGAAGAGGAAGAGGUGGCCCAGCCUACUCACCACAGUACCUCUGGAAGCACCGGUUUCCUGAAGCCCUCUGCCCCUGUUGUUCUCAACAACCCAGUGAGAGAGACUGAUUCUGUCAAAGAGCAAACUCAGACUCUUCCUCUCAACAAGCGAACCUAUGCAGAGGAAACCAACACAAACGUUUCUACCAUAUCGCCGAUCACAAAAAAAGACGACGUUCAGACCAAGAAGGCACGUUUCGAGAAAGAUACCCCUAUUGCUCCUAGUCAACCUUCCCUCGAAAGGGCAUCUCCGGCUUCCUUUACAGGCACGGCAGCCAUUCCUGUUGAGCAAUCUUCAGCUGCAGUUAGCCCUGCCCCUGUUCCUUUCCAGGCUGCAUCUCAACCAACCCCAUCAGCUUCACACGCGGUUGCAGAGGAAGAAGAGGAAAGUGGCGAUGAGAUGCCUACGCUGAAUAUGGAUUCGGAUACUGAUGAUUCGGACGAGGAAGAUGUCACGAUGGACGAUUGA